GUCAAGAUUAUUUCCAAUUUAAUAAAAAAAUCUGGUAUUAAAACAGUCCACUGGAAAAAUUGAAUAGCCCAUGGUUUUCUCUCUCCUAAAAAAACCAACUGUUAUUGUUAUCCAUCCUAAAAAAUCACCCCUUUUUAUACUCUUUCUUCUUCCUCAAUUUCUCCUUCUUACGGUGUCAACAACUUUGUUCUUAAAUUUCACAUCAAAAAUUUUCUUUUUUUUUACUUUUUUUUUUGUACUUGAUCUUCCUCAUUUUUUGGCAACUUACAAACUAGUACAAAAAUAAAUAAAUAAAUAAAACAACCAUUUUUAAUUUUUUUUCUUGGGAUUUUCAUAACACCAUUUUUUUUUAAAAAAAUGAGUUAAUUUAUUGGUAGCCCAGAUUAAAAUUUUGGGUUUUAAAGAAAAUUUUAAAUCACCCAUUUGGUGGAUUUAUUGAAAUUAUUUUCAUGGGAAUUGAGCCUGAUUAUAGUGACAAAAUAGCAACAGAUAUCGAAAAAACGACCACUAGUAAGAGCAAGUCAUCCCGGAAGAACCAACGGCGGAAUCGUAAAAUGGCGGCGGUUCAGACGUUGUUUAACGUCUGUAAGGAGGUGUUUGCCGAUGGUGGUGUCGGGUUUAUCCCCCGUCCCGAUGACGUCGAACGGUUGUGCUCUAUUUUGAAUAUCUUGACACAAAAUGAUGUUGGAUUAAGCCCAGAAUUGCCAUACUUUAGAUCCAUUAGGAUUGGGAAUAGUCGAGCUCCUAUCAUAACUUACCUGCACCUAUAUGAAUGUGACAAGUUUUCGAUUGGAAUAUUUUGCUUGCCGCCGUCAGGUGUAUUGCCCCUUCAUAACCAUCCAGGAAUGACUGUUUUCAGCAAACUUCUCUUUGGGACCAUGCAUAUCAAAUCAUAUGAUUGGGUAAAAGGCGAUCCUUACACCACCACUGUUUCAGACGAUGCUCCUUCGGCUAGGUUGGCAAAGCUUACUGUUAAUGAAGAUUUUGUUGCCCCUUGCAACACUUCUAUCCUCUAUCCAGUAGCAGGUGGGAAUAUGCAUUGUUUUACAGCUAUGACAGCAUGUGCAGUUCUUGAUGUUCUGGGCCCUCCAUACUCUGAUCCUGAUGGUCGGCACUGUACAUACUAUAAGGAAUAUCCUUUCGAUCAUUUAUCAGUAGAUGGCCUAUAUGGGCUUGAACAGGAAAAGGAUCGUCUUGCAUGGCUUCAAGAGAGAGAGAAACCUCGCGGCUUGACAGUUUUUGGGGCGCCAUAUAGAGGUCCUAAGAUUGUGGAUGGUUGAGUCGAGUUGUUACUCUAGGCGUCUCUAGCACAUUGCCCUUGCUGCAAAGUCAUGAUCCUUCAGAGCUUCAGUGCUUAUUUUUUGUAAAAAUUUAAUUUUGAUAGUUUUCAUAUGCAAAUAUUGUACCCUAUGAAGUUUCUCCAAAGAUCUUGUUAGGAUUAAAGCCUUUUACAUAAAUAGGAGAAAAUAGGAAAUGAAAGAAAUUAACAGGAUGAAAGACAAGUAGAUGAAGGAUUGGGAGAUAGAGUUUAAGAAUAGAAAUUUGAAAGGGACAUAUUUAGAUUUAGCCAAAAUUUUCAAGAGCGCGUUGAGGAACUUUAACCUUUGGAAGCCUUUGUUUUAUUUUUAUUUUGGGUGCGAAACCCUACUCAAUUGAAUUGUUUUAGUAAUAUGCGUUAUAGUGUUUGUAAAAAAAAAAGCGUUAUAAUGAUUAUUAAUUCUCUUUGCUAAGAGUGAGGGAUAACUCAAAUGAUUAGAACUUCCCUCCAGGUUCUAAGAGAUAUUGGGAUUGAUUCUCACCCCACCCUUGUGGGCUUGUGGCUCUCUAAACACAAAAAAAAAAAAAAAAAAAA